AUGUCUCAAGAAGAUCAAGAGGUUAUCGUGAUUGUAGAAGACCAAGAACAACAGAAAGAUUCUCUUCCUUUCGAUCAAGCAAGAAUAGAACAAACUAAACUAUUCGGAACUAAUCAAACUAAUUCCUUGUUUCCAACCAAUGAUCAACCAAAAACAAGAUUCGUCCUCUCCAUUGAUGGUGGAGGUGUCAGAGGAACCCUCGCAGGUUCAAUCCUUGCCACUCUCGAAAAGGAAGUCAUCCAAGAAAUUGCCAAACAUUUUGCAGAGCUAGGAGAAAAACCACCAACCAAUAACUUUAGUUUAACUUCAUGUUUCGAUUUGGUAGUCGGUACAUCAACAGGUGGAAUCAUUGCAUUAGGUGCUGGUAUUUCUAAUAAUGGAGGACCUUUCGAUUUUAAAUUUUCUGCCUCUGAUUUGGGAGAUUUAUAUACGAAUAAUAGUUCACAGAUAUUUAGUAAGGAAUUUAAACAUGGAAAAUUGAGAGAAUUUUUGAUUUCUUCGAGAUAUGAUCCAACUGGAUUGGAAAUUGUCAUGGAAAAGUAUUUUGGAAAGGCCAAGUUGAGUGAUUUGGUUAUUCCAGUGAUGGUAACUUCAUAUGAUUUAAAUAGACAAGAAUUGGUUGUGUUUGAUAGUGAAAUGGCUAAACCUAAAGGAGAAUUGACUAUGAGACAGUUACCUUCUGAUUAUUAUUUGAAAGAUAUUGCACUUGCCACUUCAGCAGCUCCAACUUUCUUUCCAAUUAGAACGAUUGAGUCAAUUACAGAUCCAAGUGAUAAACAUGAUUAUAUUGAUGCUGCAGUAACUGCUAAUAAUCCAACCAUGUUGGCUUAUUUGAAAGCAAAGAAAAUGUAUCCAGGCGAUUCCAUUAAUAUUGUUUCAUUGGGUUGUGGUUAUGAAGGUAUUGAUAGACCUUCAUUGGAAGGAAAGAUUGAAUGGGCCAAGACAAUUUCCUCUCUCAUGAUUCAAGGAGCAUCUAAUUUGACUGAAUAUUUAAUGCAACAAAUGGUAGAUUUGUCACCUUUGGAUAAAUAUUGGAGAAUUGAUGUGAAAUUGGAUCAGGCAGCUUUAGAUUUGACAUCUGAAGAUUAUUUGAAGAGUUUAAAGAUAUUGGGAUCAAGUUUGAGAACCAACGAUGGUAAUGCCUAUAAGAAUAUUAGAGAUACCAUUAUUGACUUUUAUAGAAGUAAGAGUUUUUAUACUUGUUUCAAGUUGAUUGAAAAAGUUGAAAGUCAAUUGAUGAGUCCAAAGUACAGAAAGAAUGAUCAGGUUAGAAUUGACCUUUCAGAUGUUGGAUUGACUCCAAUUGCAUUAUGGGAAGUGGUUCACUAUUUGAAAAAUCAAGUUGACUAUGAAAAAAUUUACAAAAUUGAUUUGAGUGGACAAACUAUAACUGUUGAAAUAUUAGAACAAUUGCUCCAUUUGAGAACUGAAGAAGCUCCUGAAAAAUUGAAAAAGAAACAUUGUUCUGUUGAGAAACUAACUGUCAAGACUCAAAUCUUGGAAGAGAAAUGUUUAAUUCACAAAUUAAUCAUGAGAGAUUGUCAAUUGAGUGGUCAAGUCCUUGCAUGGCUUGUCAAUAAGAGUAAAUUGUUUGAUGUCUUGGAUUUGGGAGGAAGUGUCAAAUUGAGUGAAUGUGAUUCUGGAUUUUUGGAUUCUCUCUGUCAAUUGUCUGAAAGAGGAAAUGUCAUUCUAGAAGGAAAGGCCUAUUGGGUGAUUGGUAAUCAUUACAGAUACUUUGAGAAAUUCGAUCAUUGCAGAAAAUCUUACAAGAAAGGAAGUGAAUUAGGCGAUGUUGAUUGUGAAUAUUUGGAUUGCUUAAUGGGAUAUUUCACAGAUAAUUUACAAGAUCGAAAUGAGCAACUUCAUCAAAUAUUGAAGAAUAGAAAUGAAAGAGUUGGAUAUUUACUUGGCUUGGCAAUUGAACAACGAAACCUUUCGAAUAAUGAACAAGCUCAACAAUCAAGAAGUUCAAUCGAUUCUCCAUCAAGUAGCUCACCAUCCAGUUCAUCUCCUAUGAAAAUUCCACAAGAAAACGAUCCACUACCACCUGAAUUUGUCGAAUAUGAAAUUGAGAAUCAUCAUGCCCUAUGUGUCGAUUGGUAUGUCCGAGUUUCUCAAUCCAUAUCCACAAAAGAUUCUUCACAACCAUGGAUUGAUAAGGCAAAACUUCGACUUUCAAAAGGAAAGACACUUCUUCCAGCUGCAUCCAGUCUUGGCUUGGUGUUGUAUCCACAAGGUGCAAAUACCACAAUUGGAGAAGCUAUUCUUUCAAAAAAGGAAAGAAAAGAUCAGCAAAAAAAGGAAAAACAAGAAGAAAAGGAAAGAGAAAAAGAAAGAAAACGAUUGGAAAAAAUGGAAAAGAAGGAAUUAAAGCAAAAGAUGAAGAAUCAAUAG